GUGUGUAUGUGUGUGUGUGUGUGAGAGAGAGAAGGUGUGUGUGUGAGUGUGUGUGUUAGUGAAGUCUCUGGUCACAGCACUGAUCUGGUGCUGUAACUUUAUCGCGUGCUGUAGGGCAGAGCUCGGUUACCGGACUAACCCCGGGAUGAAAACCAGGUAACACACACUAACGGGUUAUUAUUUUUAUUUACAAAGAAACAAAACAGUCUUUUUCCUGCUGUUUUUAUUUCCCUUUUCUCUUUUUUCUUUGUUGGUUUUGUGCCAACCUGCUGUGUAAUCUCCCGGCCCGGAUGGCGGAGUUUUACGGUAAUUUCGGCGGGUUACAGCGCACGUGCUCGCUGCUGGUGGUGGUGUGUGUGAUCCACCUGUCCGUGGUCAUCGUCUUCUACCUCAGGAACUUCAGCACCCUCGCGCGCAUCCCGACCCCGGUGCUGAGCCUGCAGCACGAGCCCACCCUCGCACCCGAGAACAGCACGCGCAACAGCAGUGCACUGGGCACACCAGAGGUGGACAUCAGACAGGGGGACAAUCAGACCCUGCAAGAGUGUCCCGAGACUCCACCGCGCUUAGAGGGUCCACUGCAUGUGGACUUUUCCGAGCCAGUAAAGUUGGACAAGUUGCUGAAGAACCCUGAGCUGUCUCUGGGUGGACGCUACAUGCCGAGCGAGUGUGUGUCUCAGCAGAAGGUGGCGAUCAUCAUCCCGUUCAGAGACAGAGAGAUGCACCUCAAAUACUGGCUCUACUACAUGCACCCCAUACUGCAGAGACAGCAGCUCGACUACGGGGUCUUCGUCAUCGAGCAGGACGGUGAUGAAACAUUUAACCGGGCGAAGCUGUUGAAUGUGGGCUACAACGAGGCGCUGAAGGAGUACGACUACAACUGUUUUGUCUUUAGCGACGUCGACCUGAUCCCCAUAGACGACCGAAACCUGUACAAGUGCUACGACCAGCCGAGACACCUCUCUGUGGCCAUGGACAAGUUCGGCUUCCAGUUACCUUAUAAUCAGUAUUUUGGGGGCGUGUCCUCUCUGAGUAAAGAGCAAUACCUGAAAAUCAACGGCUUCCCGAAUAACUACUGGGGUUGGGGUGGUGAGGAUGAUGACGUCUAUAAUCGUUUGUCGUUUCGUGGCAUGACCAUCUCCCGACCCGAUCACAACAUCGGAAAGUGUAAGAUGAUUCGUCACGCAAGAGACAAACUGAACCAACCCAAUCCUCAGAGGUUCACCCGAAUUUCCCGCACCAGAGAGACAAUGGACACAGAUGGGAUCAGCUCUCUGGAGUACAGCGUGGUGGGCUGGGAGAAGACCCGACUCUACACCAAAAUCGUUGUGGACGUGGGGAAGGCUCCGCACCUCUAACAUCUUAAACGGCGCUGGCUUUUUUAUCACUUCAGGACCACGUCAAUGAGCAUGGAGAGUACAGACAAAACAAAAGGACGCUGUAGAUGUGUUUACUUUUAUUACAUUUGGCAACCGAUUUGAACGUUGUGAUGAACCCUAAUGAGAAGUCAAACGCCAGGAGGUGUUAGCUGGUGAUCCGGAGCGGGAGGGAGUGUUUGCAGUAUGCGGCUCACCUACACACCGACCUGACUGGAAAUACGAGAGGUGAAUGUGAGUGGUGUCACAUCACACCCUAAUUGCGGUUCUCUCACAGGACCAGAAGAACCUGAAGGACCACAAGUCAUCGUGGAAGACAUACACUGCAAUCUCAGCUUUUUAUUAUAAAUAUUUGUAAUGUGUAAGGGCGAUGAUUAUCACGUUCUGAUAAUAAUGUUUCAAUAUUUAUCACGAACCCUGACCUCUGGUGCUGGUAUCAGGUACAGGUCCGAUAGUGUGCUCAUGUUCUUGUGGAAGUCCUCCACAGUCAGGUGGCACGCUGUUGCACAACAUGGUUAGUAGACCAUUCUCACACAUCGAGAGCUCAUGCUGGUUUUGUUUUAAGCACUUUAAAUAUUGUAUAUUCAUACAGGGAUUUAAACCCACAGCCUUCCACCUACUUGGGGAUGUUCGAAGCCUUAACCAACUGUGAUUGUGUACAAUCACAAAGUUUACAGAGGAUCACAGGUCUGGGAUUUGCACUCACAACCCAAGCAUAGUGCUCAGUAAUAAACAGAGAUUUGGGUUUUGAGUUCAUAACCCUCUUGGAGACCCCAUGGUCAACAGUCCCCCCUACAAAUCCGAACACUGUGAUUUUGUGAUGACUGGGCUUUGAACCCAUAUCCUUCUGGUGUUUGCUUUCGAUUCAUUAUUUUAAAUAUCAUCUGACUGGAGUCGUACAAGCUCUUUGCUGACAUUUUGCGCUAUCGAUAUAUUGCGCUAGUGUUCGAAUUUGAGCUUAUAACCUUCUGGUUAAUAAAACAGAGCCAUGAUUUAAACAAACUACAAACACAAAGGAGAGUAGUUACAAGGCUUUAGUUAAGGACACAUUGUUGUCUCUUUUUCAGGGUAGGGAUUUAAACUUUCAACCAUCUGGUCACUGGAAGAGAACCUUUAUUUAUGUAUUAAAAUGUAAAUGGAUCUUUGAUAGUCAAGGGAUUUAAACUCAAGACUCAAAUGUUGAGCUGAAAAAUAAGUGCCUUCUCUUGAGAGCCACAAAUGGUUUUUUGUCAGUGCUGGGAUUUAAACUUGUAACUUUCUGGUUCAGAGUCAUAAUUAAAAACAAAACAAAAAAAAAAGGUUUGUAGUCUCCCAGGGAUGCCAAAGUUGCUCUCAGUCAGUGCUGAGAUUCAAACUCACAAACCUUCUGAUUAUUAGAAUGCAGAAAUAACCAAUUAAAGGGUUAAGUGCCUUUUUCUCAAAAACUAAAAAGUGUCCUCUGUCAAAAUUAAGAUUUGAACCUAUAACCUUUUGGUGCAUAGAACAAAGCAUAUAUGAAAAACCUGUACAUACUAAAGCUCAGUAGUUUUUGGUUUAGUUGCCAGGGUUGGGAUUUGAAGUCUCAACUUUUUGGUCACUGAAACAUGGUUUUAAAAAGUUCAUAGGCCCACUCUCGGGGAUGCAAUCUCAGGGGAUUUACACUCAUACCCAACUUUCCUGGGUAUUAGAAUAGAGUUUAUAUAAAGUUAUAAAAUUAAGUGCCUUUUUAUUGAAAACCACAAAGGGUUUUCUGUUAAUGCUGGGGUUUAUACUCAUAACCUUCUGAUUAUUAGAAAGGAGCCAUAUUUAAAAAGAAAAAAACAAAAAGCAAGAUAGUUAUGGGUUGAGAAGUUUUAGGUCAUCUAAUGUUGUCAUGGUUAGGAUUUAAACUCGCAACCUUCUGGAUACUCAAACAGAAUUAGAAUUUAAAAAAAGCUUUAAAUGGUUUACUCUCAGGGAUGCAAUGGCUCUUUGUCAGUGUUGGAAUUUGAACUUGAAGACUUGCUGGUUAUUAGAAUGCUAUUUACCAACCAUUAACGUGCCUUUUUUUUUAAAGGACCUAAAGAAGUCCUCUGUCAAAGCUGGGAUUUGAACUCACAACCUUCUGCUCAUCAGAACUUUGCUUCCACUGCCACCACAUGGACACAGAUUUGUUACAUGACCGUCUUUUUACUCUGUAAUGUAUUUACCUGAGCAGUGUGCUCCGAAUCACAUGACUUGCUGUGUCGGGGGUUAAAGGUGAACUAACAAAAUAAUAAAACAGCUUUGUGAUUGGUGCCCAUCAUCUCUUCUUGCUGGGAGGUUAUAUAAGGAUGAGUGUACAGACACCGAGGGGAUAAUUCAUACCACAGUUUGGUGACCUCGCCAUGAGUACAGUGUGCAGUGGUGCCACCAGGUUCUGUGUUCUUGAAAUAUUGAAUCUUCCUAAUCCUCAGACGUGGCGUGUACGCGCUGGAUUAGACAGCGAAUGAUGGGCGUUUGGGUGGUGAGGUAUUUAAUGUCAGAGUUCCAUGUGAAAGAGGAAAGAACAGAAGGUAAGAGUUGAAGGAAGGGUGUGUGUGUGUGUUUUACUGGGUCUAAACCUGUUCAUCCCAUCGAGGUGUACUCUUUAGGAAUACGAAGGUCACUAACCUGAUCGAGUGCUCCCUUUUUUUUAAGAGUUUAUUAAAUAAUCCCCCUGAGAACCCAUGUCCUAUGGUCGAUUAAUCGGGAAUGUAAGGUGAUGAUUACAGUAUUAUGUAAAAUAUCAAGGGCUUAGAUUUUCUACAGAAGCUGUUUCCAGUUUAACAAGGGCAUGUACCAAUACGAAAUCACGAGAUGAUACUUAC